AUGCUAUCCUCAAAGGAUGUUGUUGAGGUGACCGAGCCCACGCCCGGUUAUGCCGACGAUGACACUGAGCAACAUUACAGCAUAUGGAGCCGCGAUCGGUUUUGCGGCGCUCUCACCUACAACUUUGUGGGCUUCGUGCUUCCAGCUCUCUACAACACGCUUUCGAAGUUAUGGGUGGCCAACAUUGACUCUUCCAUGGUUGUCACGGUCGACUCAUACACCUAUAUUGGCGUUGUGGCCGAGGUCAUUAAUGAGGGUCUUCCUAGGGCUGCAUGGGUCAUCAUUGGAGAUAGAUCCUCCCGCUCACUCCCAUCUCGCGUUGAACUGACACAAACUCUGGUUCUGUUCCAGAGUAUCGUGGGUCUGGUUGUGAGCGUCAUCAUUCUCGGGGCCGCCAAACAGUUUGCCGCUGGGUUCGUUCCAGAGGAAGUUCGCAGGGCGAGCUUGACCUACGUCCGCAUCAGCUCUUUUUCCGUAUUUAGUGCAGCGUUGGAGGUUGCGGUAACCAACGCGGCCAGAGCGCUUGACCACCCCGACGUGCCGUUUCUCAUCAGCGCGACACGCUUUGCCAUCAAUAUUGUUUUGGACUUGCUGAUCAUCUCCCGCUUUCACGUGGGGUCAUCCAAACCCACCGUCAAUAUGCAAGCGACAAUUCGACUCGGGUGUGACUUUGCCGCCGCAUUUACCGGCCUCGCAUACUUUGCCUUCAUCGUAUUCAGACCUCGGAGGAAGAGCAGUGACCUCCAACGCCUGCCGGUGCCCCGUCCAAGUCUCAAGGCAUUGAAAGUGCUUGUGAGACCUGGGGCCUUGACAUUUGCCGAGUCUGCGGUGAGGAACACAUUUUACCUCUGGCUUGUCAGCAACAUCGUCUCCAUGGGUGCAGACUAUGCGACCGCAUGGGGCACCUUUAACACCAUUCGUUGGGGUCUUGUUAUGGUUCCGAUCCAGACACUGGAGGCAACCUCGAACGUAUUCACUGGACAUAAAUGGGGUCAAUGGAGGAAGGAUGUGGGCAUCGACCUCCAGAAAGCCAAGGCGAGCUGGAAGCAGCUUCGAAAUAUAGCCACUCCCGCUCUUACCGCAGUAGCAAUUGCACUCGCAGUCGAGGUCCCGCUCUGCAUCUUCCUAUCUCUAUUCGGGUGCAAGCCUUUUGCAUAUUAUCUCUCCGACUCGGACAGUGUGGCGUCCAUCACAGCACACAUGUGGCGCACCAUCGACUGGUGCUACAUCUUCUACGCGCUCAGCACAGAGCUGGCAACAAUCCUGUUAUCGACAGUGCCGAGGUGGUACCUGUACCAGUCGCUGGUGUCGAAUGUGUUUUACGUCCUGCCCUGGGCGAUCGUCUGUCAAGCGGCACAUCUCACCUCUUCGGAUGCUUGGACCUACCAUGCCUUUGUGUUUGGAGGGAGCCUAGUUUUUAGCUUUUUUGAUGUGCUGCUGUUUGUGUUGCUGGGGGCGUGGAAGUUGAACCGGGGCACACUCAGCUUUGACAAAGUAAGACUUGUGUGA